AUGGCCAGCGGGGGUGGAGACCUGGUGAUCGGUCUCCAAGUCCGCACGAUGGCCACUGGCAACCACGACGUGGAGGUGCCAGCCCAGGCCACCGUGGGCGACCUGAAGCGGGUGCUGGUGCGCCCCACCGGGCUGCCAGUCGAGCGCCAGCGCGUCAUCUACGGGGGGCGGGUGCUGGAGGAUGGGCAGGCGCUGGCGGCGGCGGGGGUGCGGCAGGGGCACGUGCUGCACCUUGUGGAGCAAGACCCGGCGCAGCAGGCGCGGCAGGCGCAGCAGGCACAGCAGCAGCGCCAGCAGCAGCAGCAGGGGCAGCAGCAGCAGCCCAUGGAUCCCUCCCAGUUUUUCCGGGCCUUGUUUGGCGGCGGCGCCGGCGGGGCCGGCCCGCCGCCCGCCGCGGGAGACGUGCAGGCGCAGGUGCUGGGCCCCUUCCACAUCACCGACGCCUCCGGCUGGCAGCAGGUGCAGCAGCAGAUGGCGGCGGCGCUGGCGGGCAUGCCCAUGCCGCAGCCAGGCGCCGGCGCCCCGCAGGCAGGCGGCGGCGGCGGCGCAGCAGCAGCAGCAGCGGCUGCCGGCGGCGCGGCAGCCGGCGGCGGUGCCUCGCCCUUCAACUUUGGCAACCUGUUUGCGUCGCCGCCGGCGGGCGGCCGCGGGGCGGGGCGCGGCCGCGGCGGCGGGCGCGGCGGGCGCGGCGGGCGCGGCCAGCAGGCGCAGGCGCACCACGCCGCGGGGCUGCAGGGCUGGUGGGAUGCGCAGCAGCAGCACAUGCCGCUGCUGCAUCAGGGCGAGGGCGGUCCCCACCUGUUCGAAGGCCUCGGCCUGCUGCUGGCACAGAUGGAGGCCGGGGAGGGCGGCGGCGGCGGCGACGGCACAGACGUGCUGCCAGCCAUCCACCAAAUCACGCCAGGCGCGCCGCGCUGCGCUGUGGUGCUGUGCCCGCCACGCCCCCGCGCCGCCCACACCCCAGCUCCCCUGCUGUGUUGCCCUGUGCUCGAGCCGCGGCUGGAUGCGUGCCGGCAACUGGAGGGCGUGCCGGCGCAGCACCGCGCCGCCUGGCGCCGCAACCUCGCCGCCUGGCAGCGCAGCUUUGCGGCUGCCGCGCGCGGCGUGCUGGAGCAAGCCCAGCUGAGCGGCGCCACCCGCGCCGCCAUCAACCGCGUGCUCCAGGCUGCGGGCGCCCAGCCCCUCAGGCUGAGCGCGGCGGGCGGCAGCAGCGCGGUGGAGCGCCGCGUGCGCUCCUUCCCCCUGCUCGACAGCGAGGAGGAGGGCGAUGGCGCCGCCGGCGCCGCCACGCCGCCGCCGCCGCUGGCUGAGGCGAUGGACACAGAAGGGAGCGAGAGCGAGUGGGAGGAGAUGGGGGAGGAGGAGCUGGCUGCUGCUGCAGCAUUUGCGGUGGCUGAGGCUGAGGACGAGGCUGAGGCUGAGGAGGAGGAGGAGGAGGAGGAUGGGCGCGUGGAUGCUUAUGUGUCGUCGGGCGAUGAUGAGGGGCCCCCCGUGCUGGCUGGUUUGGAUGAUGAGGAGGAGGAUGAGGAGGACGAGGAGGGCGACAUGCCUGGCCUGGCCUCUGUGUCGUCUGGGGAGGAGAGCGGGGAGGAGCAGCCGCGGCCCUGGCAGCGCGCCGGCGGCGCGCAGGAGCCGCCGCAGGCGCUGCUGCCGACGGGCGACAUGCUGCUGCUGGGGGCGGUGGCGCUGGGGGAGCUCACGCGCCGCCUCCUGCUGGCGCUGGGCGCGCCCACGGCGCCGCCGCCCGCCGGCGCCGGCGCGGGCGGCCAGGCGGCCGUGGUGGCGGCCGCGGUGGAGCGCCUUCGGCAGCUCACCGCGGUGCCCACCUCGCCCGGCCCGGCCAGGGAUGCAGUCGCGGCCGACGUGCGCCUCCUGGCUGCCCGCAUGAGCCAGCUGGGGGCGGCCGCCGGGGAGCUGAUGCGUGGCAUGCAGUACCUGGGUUCAGGCGUGGAGCAGCGCAAUGUGUACCUGACACACGUGCAGCCCGGCUACCUGUCUGUGCAGGAUGGCUCUGCCCGCGUGGCGCUGCCCCGCCCCCAGCGCGUGGCGUUCAUGCCUGCUGUGGUGGACAUUGCUGUGGGGCACGGCCCGGUGCCGGGCGCGGCGCCGGGCGGCGGCGGCGCGCCAGGCAUGGCGCCCUGGCAGCAGAUUUUGGGCGGCAUCCUGGGCCCGCUGAUCGGUGGGCAGAUGGGUGGGCAGAUGGGCGGCCAGAUGGGCGGCGCGGCGCCUCCCGCGGCCGCCCCGGGAGCCGGGCAGGCGCCCGCCGCCGCCGCCGCUCGUGCCGGCGCCAGCGCCGGCGCCGAUGCUGGCGCUGACCAGCAGCAGCAGCAGCCACAGCAGCAGCAGCAGCAGCGGGUGGUACGCAUCCAGCUGAGGGCCCCCCAGGGCCAGCAGGUACCGGCGGCAGUCCCCGUGGGCGGCGGCGCGCCCGACGGCGGCAUCGGCGGCGGCGCCGCCGGCGCCGAGCAGCCCGCCGGGCUGCCCCCGCAGCUGGCUGGCAUGGCCCACCUGCUGCUGGGACAGCUGGGGGUGCGGCCCGAGGCGCAGCAGGAGGUGCUGGGGCAGUUUGGGGGCAUCAUGAGCGCCCUGCGCCAGACCUCGGUUGCCUCGCUCGACGUGGCGACCAUCAGCCGAGAGGUGGGCGAGGCGGCGGUGCGGCAGACUCUGCAGGUGUUGCACACGAUGCGAGCGGAGCACGCGGCCGCGCUGGCCGCGGCGGGCGAGGCCGCCGCACCUGCCGGCGCCGGCGCCGGCGCCCAGGAGGGCGAGGCGCCGACGCCCGCGCCCGGCGCCGCUGCCGCCACGCGCGAGGAGCGGAUGGCCGCGUUUGGGCGACGCGUGAUGCCAAGAGUGACAGGCGAGGUGCGGCGCGUGCUGCAGGCGCACCUGGCUCGCCUGCGCGACUCACCUGCCGUGGCCGCCUUUGCGCCCAGCAGCCUCCGGGCGGAGGCUGCGGUCGAGGCGGGCGCGGGCGCAGGGAAGGGCGGCGCGGCGGCAGCGCCUCAGCCGCCCGCCGCCACAGCCGCCAGGCCCGUCUCACCGGGCGACGCUGCGCCCGCCGACGGCGCAGCAGCUGGGCCCAGCGGCAGCAGCACCGCCGCUGGUGACGGCAGCGGCAGCGGCAGCGGCAGCGGCAGCGGCGCCGCCGCCGGCAAGGCUGCCCCGGCGGGGAUGGGCAAGGGCAUGCUGCUGCCCCGCAAGCCCGCCAAGAAGCCUGCCGGCCCCGCGCCGCACCCCGCAGCCGCCCGCCAGGCUGCCGGGGCUGCUGAGGUCACAGCCGCAGCUGCCGCGGCCCCCGCCGCCGCCCCAGCUGCGGCAGAGGAGCAGCCGGCUGCCGAGGCCGCCGGCGCGGCGGCGGCGGCGGCGGAGGCAGAGGAGCGGGCCCCCAGCGCGGCGCCCAGCGCCGCUGCCCCUGCCCAGCCGCCGGCGCGCAGCGCCAGCCAUGGCGGCGGCGAGGCGCUCGACCUCGCCUCCCUGCUGGGCGGCGCCUCGGGCCGCGGCUUGGGUGCCGGUACCGCCUCUGGUACUGCCGGUACUGCCGGCGGCGGCGGGCUGAUGGGCAUGCUGCAGGGCAUGAUGAGCAACCCCGCCAUCCUGGAGAUGACUCAGUCUCCCGCCAUGCAGCGCAUGGCUGAGCAGGCAAGACAGGCUGGGGCGGGGCAGGGGUGGGGUGGCGGUGGGGCGGGGUGGGGUGCAGCCGGCGCCCCGGGUGUGCCCCCGGGGCUGUGGGCUCCGAUGCUGGGGCUCCGGGCCAUUUUAGCCAUGCUGUCUGGCGGCGCCGGCGGCGGGUCCGGCGGCGGCGCCGGCGGCGGCGGCGGCCUGGCCGGCAUGAUGAGCGCCAUGGCUCCCAUGAUGGGAGAGCUGCUGGGGGGCAUGGGGCCGCCCCAGGCUGGAGGGCGCGCCCUGCCAGGCGGGCGGGCGGGGGCCCGCGGCCGCGGCCCCGCGCAGCCUGCCGCCAGCCUGGACGAGGCGCUGGCUGCCUGCCUGCCUCCCCACGAGGCGCAGCGCUGGAAGGAGCUGAUCGAGGCCGACGGCGAGCAGCAGCGCCGGCAGCUGCUGGAUUGCGGCGACGGCGGGGAGUGCGGGGGGCAGGCGCCGCCGCGGCCGGCCGCGGGGCUGCUGCGGCUGCUGGAUGAGGAGGAGGAGGCAGAGGAGGAGGAGGAGGAGGAGGAGAGUGAGGAGGAGCAGACGAGAACUGCUGGCAGCCCUGCUGCCGCGGCAGCCCCUUGA